AUGUUCAUCCUCAACUGGUUUUGGGACAUUCUCGCCCAGCUUGGUCUGGCGCACAAGAAUGCCAAGAUUCUCUUCCUUGGUCUCGACAACGCCGGUAAGACCACGCUUUUGCACAUGCUCAAGAACGACCGUCUGGCCACAUUGCAGCCCACUCUUCACCCAACCUCGGAAGAGCUUGCGAUCGGCCAAGUCAAGUUCACCACAUACGAUCUCGGUGGACACCAGCAAGCGCGCCGCCUUUGGAAGGACUACUUCCCUGAGGUCGACGGCAUCGUCUUCCUUGUCGAUACUCAAGAUCACGAGCGUUUCGCCGAGGCUCGCGCAGAGCUCGACGCGCUGCUUGCCAUCGAGGAGCUCUCCAAGGUGCCCUUCCUGAUCCUCGGCAACAAGAUCGACGCCCCGGGCGCCGUGAGCGAGGAGGAGCUGCGCCAGGCUGUCGGGCUCUACCAGACCACGGGCAAGGGCAAGGUGCCGCUCAAGGACAUCAGGCCUAUCGAGAUCUUCAUGUGCUCCGUCGUCAUGCGCCAGGGUUACGGUGAGGGUUUCCGAUGGAUCUCGCAGUACAUUUAA